AUGUUCUUGACUCGAAGCGAAUACGAUCGCGGGGUGCUGACGUUCUCUCCCGAAGGGAGAUUGUUCCAAGUUGAAUACUCGCUCGAAGCUAUCAAGCUUGGGUCUACUGCCAUUGGUAUCUGCACUCUGGAAGGCGUGAUUUUAGGGGUGGAAAAGCGGGUGACCUCGCCACUUCUUGAAGCCAACUCCAUCGAGAAAAUCGUCGAAAUUGACCAUCACAUUGGCUGCGCCAUGUCUGGUUUGACCGCUGAUGCCCGGUCGAUGAUUGAACACGCUCGUGUGCUGUCGGUCACCCACAACUUAUACUACGACGAAGCGAUCGGUGUCGAGCCGUUGACUCAGCUGGUGUGUGACUUGGCAUUGCGGUUCGGCGAGGGUGCCUCGGGUGAAAAGCAGCUUAUGCUGAGACCAUUCGGGGUGGCGUUGUUGAUUGCUGGCUACGACAAGGACAAGGGCCCUCAAUUGUACCACGCGGAGCCGUCGGGGACUUUCUACCGGUACGACGCCAAGGCGAUUGGUUCGGGUUCCGAAGGUGCUCAGACCGAAUUGCAAAAUGAAUAUCACAAGUCACUUACGCUAAAGGAAGCCGAACUUUUGACGCUCAAAACUUUGAAGCAGGUGAUGGAAGAAAAGUUGGACUGCAAAAACGCUCAAUUGGCCUCAGUGACUGCCGAUGGUGGGUUCCAAAUAUACCCUGAUGACAAGACUGACGCUAUUAUCAAGGAGUUGGCUGAGCAGGAAAACGAUGAGAUGGAAGAAUAA